AUGUUUAAGACAGGAUUCACAACAGGACUAAGAACCAUCAACGCUAGCACUCUCCGUACUGCACGUGCUAUUAAUGCUCCCAGAUUAACACCUGCUUUUUCAGCAGUCACAACAAGAUUUUACCAUCCAAAGGUCAUUGAUCAUUACACAAAUCCAAGAAAUGUUGGUUCAAUGGAUAAAACCCUAGAAACCGUAGGCACUGGUUUAGUGGGCGCACCAGCAUGUGGUGAUGUUAUGAAACUACAGAUUCAAGUUGGUGAAGACGGUACCAUCGAAGAUGUGAGGUUUAAGACCUUUGGUUGUGGUUCUGCCAUUGCAUCUUCCAGUUAUAUGACAGAACUAGUAAGAGGUAAGUCAUUAGAGGAGGCUGCAAAGAUUAGAAACACUGAAAUUGCUAAGGAAUUGUCUUUGCCUCCUGUGAAGCUGCACUGUUCGAUGUUAGCCGAAGAUGCUAUCAAGGCAGCAAUUAAGGAUUACCAUUCCAAGAGAACUAAGGGUACCGUUUUAGGAGGUGGUGCCAAGAGCCAGGAGACUGUCGCUACGGCUUAA